AUGCAAUAUUUUCUUUUUUUAACUUAGAAUAAGAUCUUUACAAAAUGUUUACAUUCUCAAGUUUAAUUUAACUUGAGAAUAGUACCCUAUUGUUUGAUUUUGAUAUUUGAAUCAAAGAGAAGGAAUUAUUCUUAUCGAUAUAAUGAUGAGUAAAACCAUUUUGAGAAAUUAUAAUAGAUCUAAAAUAUAACAAAUAAUUUUAGAGUCUCAAAGACAAAAAGUCAAAAUUUAUCUAGAUAAGCUAUGUUUAUUAUUUAAUCCACUUAAAUGAUUAUUCUAGUUACAUCACUUUAGGAAAUUAAAAUAUAUUUGUAUAAUUUGAAAGAAUCAUUUUAAAGGAAUUAAAUAACAAAAUAAAAUUACAGAAGAAUAGUUACAAUAAGAAAUGAAGUAGAAAUGAAGGCAAGUUAAAUUCAGCAGUUAAAGAGAAUUAAAGAAGUUUAUUGA